UCGAAUCCUAGGUUUCGAUCUAUUGACCCCAUUUCAAUAUUCCCCUUCUGAUGGUCGCGAUACAUACCCCUUGGUGGGGGUGGUCGACCUGCAUAUGAUCGUCGAUUGUUGGUACCAGGUCCUUGAGCGAGCUGCAUGAGCGGCGUUAGGUUAAAGUUCCGUGUAUUGAUCAAAAUGAAUUUAUUUGAUUCGUCUAUCCUUUUUCUGAUCUGUCCCUCUUUCAUUCACUCAUUUCUCCAAAACCCGCCCGGAGUUCAACUUCAACGUCGCUAAAAUAGAAGCAAUGCCAUUUAUAACACCAGGCCUCGCGCUCCUUCGGGCAGCACCUCUUCUAUCCUCAACAUCCUACAUAACAUUCACUCUAUCCGAGGACAUAUACCUGCGCCCUUUCGGAAACUUCAGGUCGGAUCUGAGGCCUGAGGCCAACAGACUGAUCCCAGCCUAUAAGGCCCGAUGGUUUCCACCUGCGCUGGCGAUGAUCUUUGUACUGUACCCUUUGAGCAUCGGUACAUCCAUCGCCAAUCUCCUCCUUCGCGGGAGUCGCAAGCUAGAUUUAUCAGGGGGUUUGGGGUACAAUCGGCGCACCUCUGGCUACCUUUACAUUGCCGGCGCCAUGUUCAGCGCCCUUCAUUUUGCCUUCGGUCCGAACGAUCUGGCUAUCUUGAAGCGCAUCGGCGAUGAGGAUAAGGAUAACGAGGCGGCUAUGGCAGAUUUGGCCGUCAUGAAUCGGAUUAGAGGUCUUGUAGCUGACUUUCCGUCUUGGAUUUGCUAUUUUGCGGCAUUCUUCUAUGCCAUUUCGUGAGGGUUUAAGUGAUGCAUUUAAACAAAGAAAUUUCUCAUAUCCAAUAACUCAUCGUACGAAAUCAGUUGUACUAAGCGGUGUAUAGGGGAGCUGCAAUGGGACGAGAAUGAUAUUGAUUCAGUGUUUCAUGAGGGAUGGAUAAGGCUUUUAGGUAAGUAAUCACUUAGGCAGGCAGUCACUUAGCCAUCUGGGCACAUGAU